UGUGGUUUAAGGUUGCAAAGACUGUAUACUGCAUUAAAUAUCAUAAAAUGUUCAAUCCGAAGUACUUGUUCCUACGUGUCUGGAUUAAAUGGCUUCAUUUCAGAGUUUGAUAGCCUUAAGACUUAAAUUAUAGUCUAUAAUUAUAGACUAAAAUGUUGAAAGGAGUUUGAAUGACAUUGGGUAUCUUUAUUUGAGGCAUUUCCUUCUACAUCUGUUUCAUAUUGGCUUUAUUACACUUAAAGACCAGUGUAGAAACUAGUAUUUAUUUACGUACUUACAAGCUCCACUCACAUAUGGUUCUGAGUUAUCAGUUUGUUUUUUCUCAAUAGAGUGUAAUUUCAAAUGACCACGCCUAUGUAUGUAUGCUCCAGAUGAGGGCUUCUUCCUGCUUUGCCCUGGUGUGUAACUCUUGAGUGUCAGUGCUGCCUGUCCCUCACUGCCCCUUUGGAGACACCAUGUCCAACACCUCCUCCUGUUCCUCCUCGGGGGAAAACAGCCCGGAUGACACACCCCGAGGUGGGGGCACCAUUCGUGUCUACCUCCCCAACAAGCAGCGGACGGUGGUUAAUGUUCGGCCUGGGCAAACUGUCUAUGAUAGUCUAGAUAAAGCCCUGAAAGUCAGAGGCCUAAGCCAGGAUUGCUGUGCUGUCUUUCGCCUUCUCGAAGGCCGGAAGAGACUUACAGAAUGGGACACUGACAUCACACCCCUUGUAGGGGAAGAGCUUCUGGUAGAAGUGCUGGAUGAUGUUCCUCUUACCAUGCACAACUUCGUACGUAAAACAUUCUUUAAAUUAGCUUACUGUGACUUCUGCCACAAGUUUUUGUUCAACGGCUUCAGGUGUCAGACAUGUGGGUAUAAAUUUCACCAGCACUGCAGCAGUAAAGUCCCUACAGUAUGUGUGGAUAUGGACACCGUGACAAAACGGUGUGUUCCUAAUACAGAAGUCUGCCCUUCGAUAUUGAUAUAUCCGGCCUCCAAUUCCAUAUCACAGAGUGACAUUCCCUUAACUUCAGAUUCUCCUGGAGAGGAACUGCUGUCUACCCCAUCCUUCUGUUUGAUCAUGCGAGGAGAGGACGGUCAGUCUCUCCAGAGGCAUCGCUCCACCUCAACCCCCAACGUCCACAUGGUCAGCACGCUGGAGCCUGGUGCUGCUGGCCUCAUGGAGGAGUCAUUAAAAAUCAGCACAAUGGGGCAAGAGUCCUCUCCCAAGCCUUCCACUAGCCCACCCCACCUAGGGUCACCAGGAAAAAGACCCCCCAAAUCCCCUUCUGAGCCCAAGGAACGAAAACAAUCCUCAUCUGAUGAUAAAAAGAAAGUGCACCGGGGAGGUUACAGAGACUCCAGUUACUACUGGGAGGUGCACUCACGGGAGGUGACCAUGUUAAAGAGGAUUGGAGCAGGUUCUUUUGGGACCGUCUAUAAAGGCAAGUGGCAUGGAGACGUGGCUAUCAAGAUUCUUAAAGUGACAGAGCCCACACCGGAGCAGCUCCAGGCAUUUAAAAAUGAGAUGCAGGUUUUACGAAAAACACGCCAUGUCAACAUUCUGCUGUUCAUGGGCUUCAUGACGAAGCCUAAUUUUGCCAUUAUCACGCAGUGGUGUGAAGGCAGCAGCCUCUACCGCCACUUGCAUGUUACUGAGACCAAGUUUGACACCAUGCGCCGUAUCGAUGUUGCUCGCCAGACCGCACAGGGCAUGGAUUAUCUUCAUGCCAAGAAUAUCAUUCAUCGGGACUUGAAAUCUAAUAAUAUCUUCCUGCACGAAGGCUGGACGGUGAAGAUCGGUGACUUUGGGCUGGCCACAGUAAAGUCUCGCUGGAGUGGCUCUCAGCAGGUCGAACAGCCCAGUGGCUCCAUCCUGUGGAUGGCCCCUGAGGUGAUCAGAAUGCAAGACACUAACCCAUACACCUUCCAGUCAGAUGUAUACGGAUAUGGAGUGGUGCUCUAUGAACUGAUGUCUGGGACUUUGCCUUAUUCGAAUAUCAACAUCCGCGAUCAGAUUAUCUUCAUGGUGGGUCGUGGCUACUUGUCUCCAGACCUCAGUAAAUUAUACAGUAAUUGCCCUAAAUCAAUGAAGAGGCUCAUCAUCGACUGUCUAAAAUUCAAACGCGAUGAACGGCCUCUCUUCCCACAGAUCUUGGUGGGCAUCGAGCAGGUCCAGGAUCUGUUGCCAAAAAUUGAGCGGAGUGCCUCUGAGCCCUCUUUACACCGUGCUGUACACGCCGAGGACCUGAACCCACUUUUCCUUCACACCACACGCUUCAUGCCUCUGUGAGACUGCCGGAGACCAUCCGCCCCUCUCCCAGAUGCCGCGCAGGAUCAUUCCCAGCAUGGAGUUCCUCUCAUUAUUCCACAGAGAGCACCCCAAUUACUUCAUCGGUCACACAUAUAGUCAAACAUGUAACAUUUAUCUACUCGUUCAUGUUCCCUCACUCUUUUCCAUUCCAGCUGCUCCUUCAUAAAGCUGCCUGUAGAGAAUGUCAGAUUCUUUCUGGACCAGCUGCUUUCUAAAACAGAAGCAGGAAAUAAACCGUGCUCUCUUACUACACUUAAUGGAUUUCGAAAUCCAAGCAUCAUAUCAGCAAUGUAUCGGCACAAUCUUAAUGACCUCCUUUUUUGAGGUAUAUUUCAAAAUGUGUUAUGGUUGCUUAGACGUUACCUCUUUUACUUAAAGAUGAAAGUAGCGUUUUACUUUAGAACAAGCAAUUUAGCAUGGAGAAUUUCCUUGUUUUUUUUUUUUUUCUUCUCCCUGUUCUCCUUGCUCGAAAAUCAUUGGCCAAUGAUAGCAGAAUGUUGAUGACUCCAUUCAUCUACAUCAGUCACAGAGACUAGACUCUCUGCUCACAGAUUUGUUCGCACUCAGUUUAUGAUCCUAAACAUGCCAUUGUUUUGGCAUCUUUGUUAAUUCCGUUAUUUUUUUUUUUUUAAAUGGAAAAUAUAGGUGUCAGAUGUGGUUGGAUAUACAUGUGACUUGUGCCCUUAAUAAUUGUGCUGUGCAAUUGCGAUAUUUAAAAAAAAAAAAAAAAGUGUCUGAUUUGGCUCUACCUUUGUGCUUUCUGUUUCUCUGUUGGUGAGCUUUAAAUUGUGUAGCUUAAUGAAAUUGGUGCACGUCCUGAAGGGAUGGGGAAGGAAAAAUAUUUUUCUUUUGUUGCUUUGAAAUUAGUACAUUUGGCUUUCUGGAUUAAAACAAGAUUGAUUGUUCAUUUUAAAACGGAGUAAAAAUUCACAAACUAAACUAAAAUGGCACAUGAUGAGCAUAAGCGAGACUGGUGAACUAGUACUGACACUUCAUCCCAGUCUAACUUGUGAACUAACGCAUUGCAUUUGCAUGUGGUGGUGUUAACCGGUUGCCUGUUGCUGCCUGUGCUGUUGAACGUUUGUAAAGUAGCUCACACUUGGAGAUACUGGAGUGCAGAGGUUCUUUAUCCUGGUCCAGAGUCUGAUGACCUGAAUCAGGUGUCAAAUAAAGAAGACCUCCAAAAGUGCACAAAGCAGGGGAUCAGCAGGACAAAAAUGAAGAACCACUGCUGAAGUUAUUUUGUUUACAGCUCUACAUUCAGAUAGUGUUGAUUGGUUUUACAUCUUGAAACUUCGUCAUUUUUGAGUGUCUGAGAAUGAUGUCCAUAAAUGGUCUUCAUUUUGCAGUCAUACAGCAGCUUUAAGGUGGAUGUCCGGUUGAAGCCCUGAAGCAGUUUUCAAAGAAACUACACUUCUGUAAUAAGGCUGCUAAUUUUAGACCCACUGGUUAAUCGACUAGUUUUAGUUUUGAGUGAGACGAUCAAACUUAAAAUGCGCUUUUCCCUUCUGCAGCGCUCAUUCUCUUAGGGCUCUGAUAAGAGCAGGAAGAACAGAAACUUCGUAGCAUUUCCUUCAGAUCAAAUGUGUGGCAGCAUGGGUGAGGGAGUGCUUCUGGAUGCUGUAUUCUACUUUCAGUUAGUUCAGUUCAUACCAUACACUCAAAAGCACAUCUUUGCAACACACUCAUGCUGUUUAAUAGCAAUAUUAAAGUUCCUUUUCCUCCCACUCAGCUGGUUUCAAUAGGACUGACUGAAACCUACAAUGAUGGGGCCUUAUGUGAUAUCUGUCCUUUUAAUGGAGUCUUAAUAUAUGUAACUUAUUGAUUCAUAACUGACACUUGUACUAAAGGCAGAGCUUUGGUUCUUAUCUAGCAAUAUUUGAAUGGGGCUGGGUACCCCGUUGAGCUGUACUCAUUUCAAAUACGAUGCCUAUGGAGGAUUCACUAGGCGAUUCUAUGUCUCUUGUUCAUGAAAGAUGGCUUCACAUCCCCUUAGUGACUAAUGGAAAUCAGUAUGUUGUAGUAUCAGACAAACCUGGCUAUCUUUAUAUAUUUCUGCUUGAUUACGCACUUCCUCUGUUAUUAAUAGAGCUGAAGUGCUUCUGGACUCUUGUAGAAUGAUGAUGUGGUACUCAGAGUGUAGGAUUUUCGUAAGAAACCAGUGGUAAUAAUAUUACUCAGUACAAAAGGAGGUAAUUGCGUUAUCAAGCAUUUGUAGAUGGCACUAUAUGCUCUUCUCUAUUCGUAACGGUUGAGAAAGCAAGACUAUCGGUUUAUUUUUGUAUAGAUUUGGACGCACAGCUAGUCGUAUUGAGAUGUAUGAUACAAUUAAAGCUAUAAUUGAAUUAUGUAGUUUUAAAACAACAGCCGAGAAUCCUCAAUAGAAUUAGACUCUGGUUUAGGAACUGUUUUUCCCAUCAAAUUCCAGCCUUAACUUGUUGUAUGGAAACCAUAACUGGUCCUAGAUCAUUUAAUACAGUAACUACUUCUGCCAACUUUGGAUAUUUGCAGCAUUGCCUUAAUGGCUUUAACAUCCCUCUGGAUACAUGUGGGGCAAAGACUUUUUUCCCCCUUGUAUCUUUGCAAGCACCUCAUUUGUUCACACUUUUAUAGUUUCCAUUAUGCCCAAAAUAAGAUAAUCAGUAUAUGAGAUUCAGUUUUUGCUUUUGCACAAGGGCACGAAUGCAAAAAGGUGAAACUUUAGAUUGGUAUACAAGCCGCCAUUUUUCAGAACAGAAAAUAUAGCGAAAGAUCAAUUUUGUUUAAAAAGAUUAGUUUUGCAUAUUUUAGGUGAACUGCAAUAAUGUGUGUAUAGUUGAAGAUGUUUAAGGGGUGUUUGCGAAAAAUGGUGUUUUCUGCCGUGUACAGUUACUUUUCCUUUUUUUAAAGAUUACUUUAAAUUGUAUUUGUUUCUAUUUUUUGUGUGAUGGUUCAAAAAGAACAAAAUUAUUUUAAACCAUGUAAAGGAAAUCUUAGUGUUUUCUAGUUAUUUUGGGUCUUAAAUAUUGUGGAGACAGGAUUUUGUCCUAAAAUAAAACUGUUGAAUUCUGA